AUGGAACUCGAAACUCCUGGUGGCGCUAUUGCAUCUUCUUUCUUUGAGGCAUUGAUUGACAAAUUGUCUUCUGCUGAAACUAUGGACGAGAAUCUACAUAGUAGGUUGAUAACGGCUUUGUUUUCCAUCAAUGUUGUUGCUGAUGAUGCUGAGAAAAAGCAGAUCGAUAACUUUCAUGUGAAAGAAUGGCUUCUUGGGGUUAAAGAUGGUGUUCUUGAUGCUCAGGAUCUCGUGGAAGAAAUUCACAUUCAAGUUUCCAAGUCCAAACAGGAAGUAGCUGAAUCUCAGACAAGCUCUACUAGAACCAACCAGCUAUUGGAAAUGAUGACCAAACAACUCUCUCUAAUUGGGGCACAAGGAGAAGUCGCUACACGCAGUGGAGAAGUCGCGUUGGUCACGGCAUCAGAUCAAAUUCAUCAAUUACAUCAUCUGGAUGAAGAAGACUCUUGGACAUUGUUUGCGAAACAUGCAUUUCAUGGCUUUGAUGAUUCUUAUGCUGUCUCCUGGACAAAGAAGACUACCCUCCAUGAGAAGGUUGGUAAGAAGGUGGCUGACAAAUGCAAAGGAUUACCUCUGGCCUUGAUAGCCAUCGGAAAUCUCUUGCGCAGAAACUCAUCAUUGCAGCAUUGGGAGAAGAUAUCGGAAAGCGAUGCAUGGGAUUUAGCAGAAGGGAACAGAAUUGUCCCUGCAUUAAUGGUAAGCUAUCAAAGCCUUCCCACUCACCUAAAGAAAUGCUUUGAGUACUGUGCCUUGUUUCCAAAAGGUUAUCUUUAUGAGAAAGAUCAGCUAUGUCUAUUGUGGAUGGCUGAAAAUUUGAUUCAACGCCCUCGACAACAUAUGACGAGUAUGAAGGAAGUUGCUGAAUCUUACUUCAAUGAUUUGAUUUUGAGAUCAUUUUUCCAGCCAUCAACAAAGUAUAGAAAUUAUUUUGUCAUGCACGACCUACAUCAUGACUUGUCAAAGUCUAUAUUUGGGGAAUUUUGUUUCACAUGGGAAGGCAGAAAAUCAAAGAACAUGACAAGCAUAACUCGUCAUUUUUCAUUUUUAUGUGAUGAAAUAGGAUCUCCGAAAGGACUGGAGACCUUGUUCGAUGCGAAAAAGUUACGCACAUUCCUACCGUUGUCUAUGACUUGUUUUGAAUAUCAAUGGUUAUUGUGCUUUAACUCUAACAAAUUACUGCUUUCAGAGCUCUUCUCCAAGUGCAAGAGGCUGCGUGUCUUAUCUUUGUGUGGGUGUAUGGAUAUGAUUGAGUUACCGGAUAACAUAGGCAAUCUUAAACAUCUCCAUCACCUCGACCUUUCUCGUACUAAAAUAAGUAAACUUCCGGAUACAUUGUGCUCACUUCAUUACUUGCAAACAUUGAAGGUCAGGGACUGUCAAUUUCUUGAAGAGCUGCCUAUGAAUUUGCACAAACUCGUGAACUUGUGUUAUCUCGAUUUUAGUGGAACAAAGGUAACAGUAAUGCCAAAGGAAAUGGGAAAGCUGAAAAAUCUUGAAGUACUGAGUUCUUUUUAUGUAGGCAAGGGAAACGAUUCUAGUAUGAUGGACUUAUCUGUAUAUGUUUAUUUUGUUACAUAA